GCAAAUAGGUAAAGGCAAAUUCCCUGCCUUCGUACUUCAUGUACACAAGGUAUGUGUUGAAGCAUUUCUCGCAUAUUUUUAUGUUGCUUUCGACUUUUUGCAUUUAUAUUAAAGGAGGGAAAAUCUCUGAUGCCAAUUAAUGUGACGAAUCAACCUAUAGAUAUUUUUCACAUCCUAAAACCAAAGUUGAAAAAUGCUGAAAAGAUUGUUGAUGUUAGCAUUAAAGCGAAAUGUAGCAGAAAAUGAUGCAAGCAAAAACACAUGUGCCGUAGAGAAAAGGAGUUGCUCAAGUGUUGGAGAAACAAGACAAGUUCCUGUGAUCGAUUCUGAAACAGAAGGCAGUGAAAGCGAAGAAAGCGAAUCGGAAACACUCGAAAACUUGUCGAGUACAAGCAGUUGUGAUGGCGAUGACAUGAAAUGGCAAGGAUUUGAAAUAAUAAAAAAUGAGGAAGUAGAUGGACAUAAAAAUUUUCCAUCAAGCAAAAAAAAGGAAGAAAACGACAAAAAUGACAGCAAGAUGGCAAAGCAUAAGAAAGAAAAUCCGUUCUCUGAUAUCCAUGAAACAGUGCAUACAAACCAGAAAGACGCUACAGAAGAAAGAGAAGGGAGUUUGGAGAAAAAAGCGUCAAAAAACGACAAAGACUUCAAAGACGAUGGGCGAACGAGCACCGCAAAAGGGAUGAAUGACCUUGACGACAAAUUUCAUAAGCACAACAUGGACGAUGCUCAUGGUCAGGAAAAAAACAAACAGCUCCAACAGCAUGAUCAUAUUACCAACAAUAUCAACAACAUCAAUGAGAAUCAGAGUUUUCUCACCACAAAAUCGUUAAAUAAUGAUGGAAUACAAGAAGAUCAACAAUCCAACUUCAAAAUGGCGAACACACACAAAAACCAAAAAUCCACAAAAAUGGCAGCAGAUAACAACAACAAACAAAGAAACAGAGUAGUCGAUGAGAAAUCUAUGAUCAACAUAUCGCAAAGAAAGAUAAAGCCACAUGUAAAUGUCAAAAGUGCGCGGAAUUUAAAGGGAAGUUGGAAACAAAAAACGGACAAUAAAAGAACGCCAUUAGCGACGAAUCACUCGAAUACGAGCAAAAAAUCACAACAAAAGAAAAUCAACUACCUCGUUAAUUCGUCAAAGGAGAAAAAGUUAACAGGCUAUAAGAUUGAUCGCAGCAACUAUAAAUCUCCAUUUCGUACUACAGCACUUGGAAGAAAGAAAAAAAUUGGUGCGACGAACAAUAGAGGAUUAAACGAUUUACCAUGGAAGUCGUUGACUCAGGUGCAGGUGAAGGAGCUGGAAAGACUCAUUGGAGUGAACGUGGGAGAAUUGAAAAAAAUGAUCCAAAACUUCAAAAGUAAAUCAUCUGACAGCAAGGUUAAAUACGAUCAUGAAACGAAACAGAAACAUGAAAAUGGAGAGAAGAAAGACGAGACAUCGAGUGACAGUGGAGUGAACGAAUCAGAUGCCUGCCGUAUCAAAAGUAAGCCGAGUUAUGUUACAAUGAAAGCCAUAAUACAGCGGAAAAUGCACAUAGAUGAGAAAAUGAAGAAACUAGAGGAACGGAGAAGGAUAAUGAUGGAUCACAUGAGAGAUAUUCAAGUCAUCCACGAUAUCUUUGUUCUUCACAACGACGGGUUGGCUAACGUGGAAAGAAACACAGCGGCGGCUACAUUCUGCGUCAAAGAUUUGCAAAAGAUUUUAGCCUGUCAGUUGAAAGAAAUAGAGGAGGAAGAAUUCGCAAUGAAGUUGGGAGCACUCGAAAAUCUUGGAAUUCCUCAUUUCUCGGAAAUCAAUGCAACAAUCAAAAAAAUACGAAAGAGAAUGUGGGAUUCGCUAUCAGACGAGCAGAAAUGUCGCAGCAAAUCUGUUCAGAGAUUGAGAUUCGACAUUGGAAAGGUUCAAGGAAUGUGUCAAGCUGUUUUGGAUUUAGUUUACUCAGAAUGAAAGACAAGAAGUCGCACAAAUUUACGAUGAUCAGGCAGGAAGUCAUAUGUUAUUUGGACAAAUGCAAAUCAAAAUAAGAACUUGUUGAAGUUCUUCAAAAUAUAUAUAAGAACUUCAAACAAUCACGUUAAGAGUAUGAGACCACUUUAAUCAUGAUAACCACAGAGUUUUUUAAUAAAUGUGCAAUCGUUUUAAAAAUUAUCUUUAUAGACAAAAACUAGCAACUAAUACAGGAAACAUGGUAUGUUAUAUACGCUAGUAGACCAAAAUAAUUGCAACCUCAAACCUAUGUACAUGAUGACACCAUUAACCUUACCAGCCAGACUUUUUGCCCACAAAAUGAAAACAUUUUCGUAUUACUAAAUUUACUAAUUGUAAAGGAAUUGACUUUUACGGAAAUUAAAAAUAUUUAGGAACUUA